AUGACCCGCUUCUCCUUUCCACGGUUCCGAAAAAACAGAGUAUACGCACUCUACAACCGGAAUAAGAUCAUUCUCGGCCUACUUUCUACCAUCCUGCUCGCCCAGACCAUCACAGGCAUAUGGCAGUAUACUAUCCCGGGGGGGACACCCGCGCCGCUUCCACUUGACAACUAUGAAUUCCACUUUUGCAUCUAUCUCCCGCCGAAAAGGAUCGGUCGGGUAUCGACCGUAUAUGUGUUCAUGGAACUCGGUUACGACUCCCUUAUCUUCGUUCUCACGAUCGCACGCACGGUCUACAUGCAUUGGAAGCACCAGCGUAGUGGUCCAAGCAGGCGCACACUGAUGGACAAGCUCAUUCGUGACGGCGCGGCAUAUUUCGCCGCCAUUUUCUCGAUGAAUUUGAGUUGGGUCAUCAUGAUCAUGUAUGCUCCUACCGGCCUUCGAGCGAUCUCCUCCGUCCCCUCAGCAUGCAUCACGACCGUGAUGAUCUCGCGCAUCACGCUCAACCUCCGCGUCACCGUCUACGGGCCAGCACAGCUCGACGAGCGUACCAUGCCGCGCAAAGGCGCUGCCCGUGACAUCCCGCUGACGCCUCUCCGAUCCCCGCGUUCUCGGCGCUUCGACCCUGCCGAGUCAGCGACGCAGGGCCUUACGGUGCACGUGCUCACGGAGAUCGAGGACGACUCGUACGGAGCACACGGGUGGUCGCAUGGGGAGGCAGACACGGACGCUGCGUUUGCGCUGAACUCAUUUGGACAGGGUGGCGGUGUCGGGGACGUGGGUCGAAGUAACUUGAGUCAUGCUGGAUCGGCCGCGAGUGCGAAAGCAAAUGCGGUUGCUUGGAAUCAGCAGGACAGUGUCGAGUCGGAUACUGUGGUCGGGAAUGCGGUUUGAAGCGAUGCCCUGUACGGUCGAGUUACGAGUAGUACAAGUCCGUUGUCAUUAUUCUCCUUGUGGUAUAGAUAUACAUACAUCUUAGGUACAACGUUAUACUGUAGCAGCUCUAUUGGAAUUUUUCGGAGGAUC